CGCGGGGCGUACAGAGAAUAGCCGAACGGAACGAAACGAACCAACGAUUGCUACAAACAGUUGUACAGUCAUCCCCGGCGAGGCAACUUGUAUCGUUUGUUGCUUGUUGUUGUUCAUAUUUUCUUUCGAGAUCAAAAAUUAACACCUCGCAAGCAAAAUAAAGGCACGGUAAUACGUACGCAAGCUUCUCCAGCAGAAAAGAAAGCAACGAAACGAUGUACCCGUGGAGUGUGUGACGAUAAUUCAGGUGUAUAAGUGUGUAGAUGUGUGAGUGCGGCGUGGAUCGUCGCGCAAUUAUUAACGAUGAUUCACUUGUGCGCGGGUGAAAUGCAGCCUAUCGGACUUGUUGACAUUUAUUCUGUAAGCAUAAACAAAUGAUAUCGUGACAGCCUUUUUAUAAUGGUGGACUGAUUCAUACCCCUUGGAAUAAAGAGGCAGGCACGCACCAUGCCGCUCACUCAAGAAAAGCGUUUGGAUAGCAACUUCUCCAAUAACAAUGAUCAGAGUUAUCUGCAUAAGAAGUUUAAGAAAAUGGCAUCUACUAUUUCGGUGUUUCCAACCAAUUCUAACAAAGGAGUAGAAAACCGACAAAAAGAAACUGAUAUAAUACAGUCUGAUUGUAAUGCUUCAAUUACCAAUGGGAGUAUCGCCGCAGCUCAUCCAGAGAUAGAAAAAAUAAAAGAGAAACGAGAUAAGCUUGACCUGGAUAUUGAGGGCGUGGAAAAAAUUGUACAAAUUAGUUUUAAUGAUGAAAAUGCUAGGUUAAGUAAUGUAAUUAACAAUGUUCAAGUAUCUGGUCAGACCAGUUUAACUGAUGAAUUUUCAAAUAAGACUGAGCACUUUGAAAAUGACUUUAUGAGGGAUGGUUAUAGUGGAACAGUAGGUGGACGUUAUGUGUGUCCCUAUUGUAAAUUAUCUUGUGCCAAGCCUUCAGUCCUUCAGAAACAUAUCAGAGCUCAUACUAAUGAAAGACCAUACCCUUGUGUACCUUGCGGUUUUGCUUUUAAAACGAAAUCAAAUUUAUACAAACACAGGCGAUCGAGAACUCAUGCUUUGAGACUACAGGGUUCAGAUGUUAAUGUUGCUAUAAAUGAAGAUGAUUUAUCAGGGGGGUCAGAAAGUGAUACAUCGUUGCCUCCUGCAUCGUCUAUAUCAGACACCGGCUCUGAUUCUUCUAUGGCCCGACAGGAGAAUGUUAAGAUCAGUGAACUGUCAUCUGUUGAAUUGUCUGACUAUGCGUCGGCAAGUGCUAAUUUAGCAUCUGGUGAUAACAUUAAGUCCAAAUCAAUUUAUAAACCCAAGUUCAGAGUAGAUUGUUAUCAAGAAUCCGACGACAAAAGCAAAACAAAAAAAACAAUAUCGCCAAAUGCAGAAUUUCUUACGGAACAUAUCUCAAAAAUUAUAUCAGAUAAUGAAGCGAUAGUUGAUGUCAUCGAUACCCCUUUACAAAAAAAAUAUGGAAAAAUAAAACAGAUAGCUGAAAGCAAGCAGUUUUUAAGUGAUUGUUUGGAUAUAAAACAAGAAUCGACUCCGCUAAAUCUUACCAAAAAUAGCAAUGAAAUGGAAAGUUCAUUCAGAAAAAGGUCACAUUCAGAGAGUUUUACACAGUUGGAUCUUCAAAAGCACCCAUUAAAUCCAGAAGGAUCUAUUAUAAAAGAUCUCCUUCUUAAAACAAAGUCUAAUUGCUUGACUUCCAUAUCAGGCGAAUUAAUAGAUGGGCUGGGACCAUUAUUUAUUUGCCCGCUUUGCCAAAUAGUUUACAGAAGUGCUGAUAAUUUGGAAAUUCAUAGGUUAUAUUACUGUAAAGGUAACCCUAAUAAUACGCAAAACAUUUCUCAAAAAGAUUUGAAGAUUGUAAGACCUGAUAACGUUUUUGUAAGGAGUAAUUCUAUUAAUGUCAGACUACCUGAAGCUCCUUUGAAUUCUGUAACGAAAUCAUUGCCUUUACGGAACAAGCCGGAUAAUCUUGUGAUAGCUAAAACGGAGCCAAAUGAAGUGGUAGCUCCUUUGCCGUCACCAGGGCCUUUACUUGGAAAUACUAGACUUGUCGAUACAAGGACUCCAGAUUACACAAGAAAAACAGAAAGUUUGAAAAUUAAAACUACACACAGUCCUAAACGUAGAAUUGAGAGUAGAUCUGACACAUAUAGUCCCAGAUUGAUUGAAAAUAUUUCACCUAGGACUGAUUUAUAUUCUCAACCAAAGAUUCGUUGCGUAGAUGGUAAUUCAAUAGUAUCACGCUCUUUGGAUGAUAUGUCUCAUCACAUGCGAACUAAUUCUACAUCUCUUCAAAUGUUUGGUGGAGAAGUAAAAAUUGUUGAUCAUUCGGGCGGAACAACUACUUUGCGUAUAGAACCGAGUAAAAACCAAUUAUCUCCUAUUUUAGUACAACAAAAUCUUUCCCCAUCAAAACUUGCCAGUGAUACAGAACCAAGCAGUAUCGUUGUCAGAUCAGGAUUACACUCGGGAGGGACUAUGGUACACAAUCCUCCAACACCUAAAGAAGUUAUUAGUGCGCCACAAACACCAAGAAUCAUAAUAUCUACGGCUUCAGGAAAUUUUCCUAAAAUGCGUGAUAUGACACAUUUUCAAUUUCCACCAUUGAGUGCUAUCACAGCAUAUAAUCCAUUAACGCUACCACCAUUGAGUCCCACAUCAUCACCAAAUGGGGCUACUACAAUUUUUCAUGGAGGAAAAUUAAUCCCUCAUGUACCUGGUAUACCCGGACCUAAUACACCAGGAAUAUUCGUGGAAAAUACUAUUUCACAAAUGAAACAUGUGGAUAUCAAUAACAGCAGUACAAAAGAUAUUCAGGACAAAUCUGUAAACGUUUCGUCAUUAAAAGGAAAUUUAAAAUAUGAUUCAUCAAGAAACACUAGAAGUCCUGUUAAACGAUUAGUUUCUCAUUCAGAGUGUACUUCUUCAAAAAAUAUUCAAAAUAGUUUAAAUGAAACCCCAAUGUAUUUAUCUGCAUUACCUAUAAUUAAAGUAAAAAAUGUAGAUGAGCCAUAUCUUAAUACAAAAUCAGUAAACAAUAAUAAACCAAUACUGUCCAGGCAAGAUGGAUCACUGAAAAGGAAUGCACCAGAAACUUUACCAAGAUCUCCACUAUUAAAAGAACAUACCGAUUAUCCACCAAAUAAACUAAAAAUUAGAGACAUCAUUACUUUAAAUAUAGCUGGAAAAUCGGGAGAAAAUAAAUCAGAUGAAGUAAAGAAUUUUAAUUUCGAAAACUUAAUAACCAAGGUUGAAAUAUUUAAUAAACAAAUUCCAAGUUCGGCUGAUGUGCAAAAAAAUAUAAACGUUAACGAGACGAAUUUUGCUGAUGUGUCAAAUGAAAGGUCUGAAACAUUAUACUUUCAAAAGAACAUUACUUCAAAAGCAUCUGCUGAAGAGAGAAAACCUAAAUUCCUACGACCUUCCACUUUACCGUUGAAACCUGGCACAUUCACACCUAAAAGGCACCAUGGCAUAACACCUAACGCAAACACUAUGCCGUUGGUGUCACCAGAAACUCCGAGGCCUGCUAAAGCUUACGGACAGCUUUAUUUGAAUGGAAACGCCUAUACGUACUUGGGUUUGAAGUGUUCUACAAAAGUUUUCUAUUGCACUAUCAACCGUCCGCAGCCUACAUACGUUCCUAAUCAACAUUUCUUAUCAAUGUAUAGCAAUUGGCAGUUACUAUCUGAAUUGACGCCAGAUCCUCUGGGAUUGUCCACUUCCACUGCCAUGUCUCUUUAUGACUCGCGACAUCGUCCGCAAAGUAUAUCUGUGGCUGUUAUCAAACAAGAUCUCAUAUUGACUCAUUCAUCGAAGUGGAAUAAAAAUUUAAAAGAAAUUAAACAGACACCUACACUAGCGGAUACGAAAAAACAUGAUGAGAACAAGCGGCAAAUGCUAGACUCUGCAGCAAUGCCGAAAAAAGAAUUAGCUGGUGGAUUUGAAAGUAAUGAAGAAUAUACAUAUGUACGAGGCCGCGGCAGAGGGAGAUACGUCUGCUCUGAAUGUGGUAUUCGUUGCAAGAAACCUUCAAUGUUAAAGAAACAUAUUCGUACUCAUACAGAUGUGCGACCAUACACGUGUACUCAUUGCGCUUUUAGUUUCAAAACUAAAGGAAAUUUGACGAAACACAUGAAGAGUAAAGCGCAUUACAAAAAAUGUUGCGAGUUGGGUAUAAAUCCAAACGAAGACAACGAUGGUGAUUGUGGAGAAAUGGCCCAAUGUUCAGGCGAAACUGAUGAAGACACAGAAUCUGAGGGAGACGAAGGGAACGAAGGAGAAACUGAAUCUAGCGAUACCGAGGCUUGCAAGUCACGACUACCGGAACAUGAAGCAGCACAUUGUUUAUUGUCGUUGGGAGGGUCACGUCCUACGACGACUACAACUCCUGGAUUGAUAACUAGUGCACGACCUUCAACCUAUCCGUACACACCAGUAGGAUCAGAAAACAUAUCUUUAGAGAUUACGCAAGAAAAACUUGUUAUCGCUAGCGGCGUAUCUUUGGAUUCUAGUGUGGAUAUUGAUAAUGAACCAAUGGAUCUCAGCAAAAAUGAUGUGAAACCAUAUCCAAAUAUUCCCGAAAUACCCACAGCCCGAGAGUCCAGUGUUCUAGCAUCUUUGGCUUCAAACACCGCUAAACUUCCGCAACAUCAGACUCAGUGGACAAAUGGAGAGCCUAUGUUACAUACAUAUCUGACCGAACGAGCACUUUUGGACACCAAAAUAAAACAAAGCCAACUCACAUCCAAUUUAUCAAAAUUAAGAAAAGUUGAAUUGGAAAAAACGGUUUUUGCCGAAAAUAAUAGCACAUCUGAAACUAACACUAAAAUGGCACUUCCGAUUACUGACAUAUCUUCAAAAAAUAAGAACAGUGUGCAAGUGACUGAAUGUGACAAAUCAACAAGUUUUACGGUUACGUCUAUAGAAGAAAGUAAAGUGAGAGAUUCUCCACUGUCUGGUAAUUUACCAGCCGAAACAAAAAGGAUACGAACACCAAGUCAAACCAAUUCCGAAAAUGCAAAGUAUGUUGUGUCAGAGUAUUUGAAACAAGCUAGACUAAAUAUUGAUCUGAUGAAAACACAAGACGAUAGUCAUAUGGAUAAUACAAUCGAUGAUGGUAAUAACAUAAAAGAUAAAACUGAAGAAACCAUUCAGGUAGAUGAUGUAAGCACAGACUCGGAAACCGUUAAAUUACCUUUAGAUCAUGAUCCUAUCGCAAGGAAAGUUGUUAUUGGUGUUGGGGGCGUCGCUUUUAAAGUGAGUAAAGGAAAGGAAUUUGAAAAUGUGUCCUCUUUUUCGCCUGGGCGACUUAUGGAAGACGGACGAAGAGUAUGUGAUUUUUGCAACAAAACUUUUACGAAACCAUCACAACUCAGGUUACAUCUUAAUAUCCAUUAUAUGGAGAGGCCUUUCCGUUGCAGCGUUUGUGCCGUUAGUUUUAGAACGAGAGGACAUCUUCAAAAACACGAACGCUCAGGUUCUCAUCACAAUAAAGUAUCCAUGACUUCGACUUUUGGGGCGGCAACGUCUUUUAAUCCUCGCCCCUUCCGAUGUUCCGAUUGCAAUAUUGCGUUUAGAAUUCAUGGACAUUUAGCGAAACACCUUAGAAGCAAAAUGCAUGUAAUGCGGCUCGAGUGUUUGUUUAAACUGCCAUUUGGGACAUUUACUGAAAUCGAACGUGCCGGCGUUAGUUUAACAGAUAUCGAUACAACGGACUGUGCAAGUUCUCUUGCCAGUUUACAGUCGCUUGCUCAGAAACUUCACGAAAAAGAUCCCACCAAAUUGGAGUUUCCAGAAGGCAGUAAUGUUGUCGCAUCGACAGCUACGGCUGGCAAGGACUCUUCUGAAGACGAAGAUGCCGGUUCGGAGAAAAUGUUUUAUGACGGUGAAAGAGAUAGUGAGAUAAAGACUAACGAAAGUAACGAAGGACUAAACGUAGAAACAAGAGUUAAUUAUAGUGCCACAGAUAAUUAGUGCCAAAAUUAUUAUAAGUAGGAUAUUUUAAUGUGCAAUUUUGUUUUGUUAUUAAUUUAAGAUGUAAUUAUUCAUACUGGGGUUUGACUCGGACGUGUAAAAACAAAAUGGAUGCGCUUUAAUUAUAUACAUAUUUAAAAUUUAGUUACAAAGUGUCUUGUAAAUAUUUGAAAUCAUUAUAAUUUUAAUGUUGUUACAAUUGCUUCCAACAUAAGGCUUACGAUUUAUGAUACGAUAUUUGUUAUUCUAAAUAAGAAAUGUUAAAGUUCCGAACUUCAAAAAUUGUGAAGUUUAAAUUCUUAAUGUGGUCCAGGUUUAGGUAACGCUUAAAAUAUCAAUGAAACAUAUUACAAAAUCUUGAGAUGUAGUCAAGUAUAUCUUGGUAAUGACCAUUACUACUUUUUGUAUGUAUUUUUAUAAAAUAUAUUCCACGAUGUAUUUACACUGUGUAACAUCUACUUCCAAAAUCCCUAUCUUAAAAACGAUUGGCAUAUCAACUUCCAUAAACGAUAUUUUAGAUGAAUGUAUAUAUAAAAUCUUCGAAGAGUCUUCCAUAUCAAAAUAGUACUUGAGCUAGAUAUUUGUCUUUCAAACUCUUCAUUUGGGUGAAUAUUUGACGAGUGUAUAUGUAUGUCAGUUUUCAAUCAUAAUAAAACCCACUAAAUAUUACACUGUAAAUUUUCCAAAUGCCAUCAUAUCCUUACUACAAAGUAAUUAUCAUGAUAUUUUAAAACCUCGAUUUAUAUCAUAACCUACGAUACAAAUCGUUGGAAAUAAAAUAUAGACUUUUGCCAUUACGUAUUGGUUAGUAUAUAUUUUAUGUUGUACUGGUAAAUCUUGUGAUUAUUGCCAUAUCAAUAACUUUCCUAAGUGAAGUAAAUUUCAUUUUUUUAUUUACUUAUUAGAAUACCGGAUUUUGCCGGACGAUUUACUUGAACUACACAGCUUUUAGUGAAAGUACACAACAAAAUAUUUGAUCAUAAUAGUAUCCACUAUAAAAGAAUGCUACGUUGAUGUCAUUAAAUGUUCGUAGUUUUAAGUGGUGGCCAAUAAAAUACUUUUUAGAGUGUAGACGACAUUUUAGAGAUGAAUCGUUAUUUAAUCUAUAAAUACUGGAUAAGCUAAAAUAUUAAUAUUAAGAUAAAAAAAUGGUAAGUUAAUUUAGUGGCUCUUAGUCAUUAUUACAUUUAGUAGCUAAGGGUCCUAAAACGCAAUCCUUUUACUUUACAAAGUAAAUGAUGCAGCCAUGUAUGUUAUUACAAGUAGGUAAAUAUUUUGGAACAAUUUAUAUCUAAAUGUACACUAAGAUUACAUUUAUAGGUCUCAGAUCAUGAUAGUUGUCAAAGUUGUAGGAAAACCUAAUUGAAAGUAAACAAUUCUACUUUGCAUAAGUGUAGAGGUACAUAUUUAAAAGAAAUUCUAAACCUUAUAUACAGUAACUGAUUUUAUUGAUUUUAUAAAAUUUUCGAAUUUAUAUUUCAAACUUACAUGCAUGAGUCUUUAAUGACAUUGUGAACAAAAUACAAAAUGAUUCUAAUAAGUUGUAUUGAUUGGUACAAAGUAAUUUCCAUAAAAAAUUUAUAUAUAAAUGUAUAUACUUAGUUUCACACUCAAAAAGGAAUUUAUGUUUUUUUAAAUAAAAAACAAAAACAAAGUAUAAUAGUUUGGAGCUGUGGUUUGGCCUAAGUGAAUGUCGUCUAUCACAUAUCAUUUAAUUGUUCAGUAAAGUAAAUUUUGAUUAUAAGACCGAUUAGUAGAUUUUUCAAGAUUUUUAAUUGCAAUGAUAUUAUGUUUGAAAGGCUCGACCGCAAAUUUGCAUGGAAUUUUAAAGUGCACAUGACACGCGCGUAUACACGCAUGCGUUACAAUUCCAUAAGAUUGCAGGGCACAUAAGCGCCAUAACCCACAUUUAGUGUUUCAUUUAAUACUUGUUUGCUUCGAGUUAGCCACUACCGCGCCGCGCCGCAACCCGCACGGGCCACCCGAAGCUGUGGGCGAUCGCCACUGAAGAUAUACAUUAAAGAACAUGACUGUACAGCAUAAAAGAGACUUCGAUCAAAUUCGAUUUAGUCAGUUGGCGAUUAUCGUUAUAGAGAUCUAGUCUAAUAGUCUAUUCAGUCUAUUUGUCUACCGAGUCCUAGUCGUAAAGUUUACCCGCCCAGCGCCGAGGUGAGGCGCGGUGAGGCGCGCCAACUCGAAGCGACCACGUAGUAAGAGCAUUUAAAAAUUCUGGGCUACAUAAUAUCCUGUAAUUCGUUUUACCUGAGAAAACAUUUAUUUGACAACAUUCCGUAUGUCUAUUUACAAGCUGAAAAACACAACCCUCGUUAAAAUUUCCAUCACAACCUUCUUCAUAUUUGGAUCGGUCUCACUAUUUCCAUUAUCCAUAGCGAAGGAUAUGCAGUUUGGACUGAGACUGCAGAUUUUAGGGUUCCGUACCUCAAUGAGAAAAACCGGAACCGUUAUAAGUUCACAGAUAUGCCUGUCUGUAUAUCCGACCUUCACAGCUCGAUUGCUUUGAAACUGCUGAACCGAUUGAUUGUAUUUACACACUUAAGUACACAUAUAAGUCUGGAACUCAAAAACGGACUAGUAUUUUUACCAAGAAAGUUUCGCAAAGUAUUUCGUGUGACGUAAUGAAAGAAGGGUAUGGCAAAUAACGAUUCACCGGGAAUAGUCAUUAUGAUGUACUGUGUAUGUAUAUGUAUGUAAAGCGACAUAAAUCUCAAUGAAAAUAGUGAGUCCCAUCCAUUUAUUUGAUGACAUAGAUGGUAUAGGAUUCUUUAUAACACAUGAUUAGAUUUCUGAAAGCUGAACAUAUUUUUACAUAGUUAAUACUAUAUUGUGACAUUGUCUAAUUUAUAGUAAUUAUAAUCGAAUCUGUUUAUUAUAAUUUAACAUUAUCAAAAUCAUGUAAAUAUGUUUGCAAUGAACUGAGAACCAUCUCUUUUUUUUAUUUGGUAAAAAAGAAUGAUACUGUCGCAGAAUUUUCAAAAUAUUGACUAUUACAGUGUGCUUGAUAAUUUCCUGAAGUUUAAGGAAAGAAACAUUGAUAUAAUGUACAUUGUAAAUGUAAAAUCAUGUGUUGUUUAGUACCUAAAUAAGUUCUGUUUUAGUGGUAUUAAUGUGUAUAUAAUGGAUAAAUGAAAGACUUGUCAAAUAUUUACUCAUUUAUUGUUUAAAUAUAUACAUUGUAUGGAUGGAUAAUAAACUAAAUGUAAAUUGAA